GCCCGGUUGCCUUUCGUCCGACUGGCCGUGCCACCGUGGCAGGUGGUAUGUGGCCUGCCUAUGGGCCCCGCCACGCAUCGUGCGCAAGCUGACGUGGCAGAUUUUUUCUGAUCUAUUGGUGGGGAAGUAGGAGAACUUCGGCGUGAAGAGCGGGGCGACGGUCGACACAUAACAUAUACGACGCGACAACGAAUUUGCGAGAUAAUAUGGCGUCGACUGAGGAUUUACAACGGUGGGCAGAUGCAUGGUUGGCUGAGCUGGAGGAUGGGGAGCUUCAGAUGCAGGAGAUACUGCGGGUGAUGUCAUCUCCAUCAAAUCAUCCAUUACAGGGCCAAGGGGGUGAAUCCCUAAUGGUUGAUUGGAUGGAGGAUAAGAUCCAGCAGAUGCUGGAAAUUAUCUGGGCGUUCGAGGAGGGGCCGGAUCCGGGGCUUGAUGACUUCAUUGAUGGGGAGCGGAAGCGUGGGAUCGUGAGCAGAUGCUACGAUCUAUUUUGGAAAGCGCAGACUCUCUCUGACAGCUAUUGCGUCAACGACAGUGAGGGGGAUAUGACGACAUCGACAAUUUCGACAGUGACGACGGGACUCGGAGAGAACGUCGGCGACAGCGUGGUCAACGGCGAUAAGAGAGUGGAGGAGGUGAGUACUGAUAUCGGUUGUGACGAUAAUAUGAUUUGGGGGUAUAUAACGGCGGGUGGUGAAGAAGAGGGCGACGACUGCGUUGACAACGACAACAAUAACAACAAUGACAACAACGACAUCAAUGACAAGACCUUCACCAACAAGAUCAGCAACAGAGGUGACAGCUGUGAUAACAAUGACGCUAGUAUCGACAACAAUAACAAAGACAACGUCAACAACAACAACGACAACAUCAGCAACAACAUCAACACCAACAAUCAGUUCAAGAAUACCGAAUACAGUGUCCUUGGUGACAACGGGAUUGACAACAACAACAGUGUUGUUGGGAGCGACGGCGAUGCUGAUGAUAGCAGCACUAACAAUAUUGAUGAUAAUGGUAACGAUGGCUUUGGUUGGGAUGAUAUGGAGGAUAUGAGGAUUAAUUGUGGCUGUAGUGGGAUGAUUGGAGUUGUUAGUUGGCAGCGGAUGGGCGUGGGUUAGUUGGUGGUGAUUGGUUUUGCCCGGCCUGCAAUUCUAAUCAGGAUGGGAGGUGGUUAGUUUGGGUUUCUUCUGUCAUCGCUGUUUUGUGAUUACGUUUGCUUGGAAGAGCGGUUAAUCCCCUCUUAGGAGGGCAAUCAAUGCUGCUCUUUACU